AUGACGAUAUUUGAGCAAAAACCCGAAGUGAGCGUAGAUCGACACCUAGAAGAGUGCCUGGCACAAAGUGAGCCUGAGAUGAGCUGUAGGAAUCCGCUGCCCCUCAGUGAGAUCUCACUCCUUGAUGAUCUCUCCACAACAAACAUCUCCAGUGUUCAGGAUUUUCAUACGUCUCAACUUCUGUUUAUGCUGGUCUUCAGUCCCAGGCCUCCUGUGCUUUUGACCAACCAGCCACAUAUCUGCUACCUCCUCAGGUACCUCAGAUGCAGUGCAAGAGGGGCAUGUGCCCUGGAGACUCUAUGUUCCCCAAGCAGCUUUGUGAGCCUUGGGAGACCAGCUCAGGAUGAAGCCUUGUCUUCUGUUAUCCAUUGCUGCCUACCUACAGGUAAUAUUCCAACAUCGCCACGAGGUUCGAGGGUGACACAUCUCACACAUGUACGCGAACACCCAAUCAUCACGCUCAUGAACUACAAAAGGAUCAGACCCCGUUUCUACGGACAGGAGAUGAGUCAUAAAAUUCCAGGUGGAGGCGUCAAGUGUUUCCAGCUCUGGCUGUGUUGGUUUGGAGGCUUUGAUGCCUGUGGGUCACGUUCUGAAGACUUACCAGGGAGCAGCAAGUGAGAAGACAAAUGUCAGCAGGUGAUCUAUAAUCUGUGCUUAAGCACUGGGGGAAGAAA